UAUCUUAUCGACCUUCAAUAUGGCGAGAUCAAAUGGACGGUCAAGCGCAAUGUGGUCGAUUUCUACGAUUUGUGGGUGACACUCAAGUUCAGAUCCACCAUUGAAUCGCCUCCUUCGUUCCCUAGCAAAGUCCAAAACUUUGCACACGCCAUCGCGUCCCUUCGAUCUGCCCACGAGCAAAACUCCAUCAUGAUCCACUCGGAACUGACAUCUUUGGAUACGCGUAAUGAAAAGCGACGAUUGGAAUUGGCACAAUAUCUGCAAGAACUGGUUGAGAAAUCGCAAAAAGUGGAAGAUUUGACUGGAUUGACUGAUCUGUGCGAGUUCUUGGAAGUGAGUGGGAUAAGCAUUGUCAAGGAUAUGGGAUGGAAAGGCAAGGAAGGAUACUUGGAGCAAAAGGUCGUGACCCGGUCGGCGCCUGUUUUACGUCCCAUACGACGCUAUGGAUGGGUGAAGAAGUGGUUUAUCCUGCGCGAUUCUUACAUUGCUUUUUGCAAGGAUACAUCAUCCACAACGCCGACAGAUGUUAUGCUGCUCGACAAGGAAUUCAAGUACCACACGUCUGAACGAAAACAGUUUUCGUCCCAUUCGGUCAUCACAUUGGCCAAAGGCUCGAAAAGUAUACAGAUAAGAGUACAGAAAGGCGUGGAUGAAUGGCUAGACAACCUGAACACGGUGAAGCUGAAGAGUCCGUGGGUAUCCCAGCAACGGUUCAAUUCGUUUGCUCCUAUUCGCGAAAAUGCCAAAGUAAAAUGGUUCGUGGAUGGACACGAAUAUUUUGAGGCAGUGGCCGAGGCUAUAUUAUCAGCAAAGUCAGAUAUUUUUAUUGAAGAUUGGUGGCUGUAUUUACGGAGACCGCCUAAAGGCAAUGAGGAUUACCGUAUCGACCGUUUGCUCAAGCGAAAAGCUUCAUUAGAUGAUGUUAAAAUAUAUAUUGUCAUUUACAAAAGCAUGAAGGUGGCACUACCGUUAAACUCUGGCCAUACCAAACAUUGGCUUCAAGAUGCACAUCCGAAUAUUAUUGUGCAGCGCCAUUCAAAUAUCACUGAAGCACCAUUCUGGGCACAUCAUGAAAAAAUCCUAGUGAUUGAUCAUCGUCUUGCAUUUGUUGGGGGAUUGGACUUAUGCUUUGGACGCUAUGACACAUCUGACCAUGACUUGACUGACUAUGCCGCUGAUGGUGAAAUGUUUCCUGAGAUAUUUCCAGGCCAAGAUUAUUCCAACCCGAGGAUCCAAGACUUUGUAAAUGUUCGCAAAUAUGCGCUCGAAACGGUGGAUAAACGAAGGAUCGCGCGAAUGCCUUGGCAUGAUAUCCAUACUGGCAUGGUUGGACGACCUGCACGAGACGUUGCGCGACAUUUCAUCGAAAGAUGGAACUUUAUAAAGACGGAAUCGCAUAAGGACCGGGAUGACAUACCGUACCUACUACCCAAAGGAGAACAUAUCGCAUCAAGUGACGAAAGCAAGUUUCGGGGCACAUGUAAAUACUCCAUAUACAAAGCGUACAUGGAAUGCAUACAAAAAGCAAAACAUUUCAUUUACAUAGAAAACCAAUUCUUCAUAACUACCACGGUGUCAAAGGACAAGCUUAUAGAAAACAAUAUUGGUGAGGCGAUUGUAAAACGGAUCACACGCGCACAUACAGAAAAAGAGAAAUUUCGAGUGAUUAUUGUUAUCCCUGCUGCCCCCGGAUUCGAAGGCGAUUUCACAGUUGCUGACAAACGAUCCAUGGCACUAAGAAACGUCGCACAUUAUCAAUACCAGUCCAUCUCACGUGGUGGCAACUCGGUCCUUGAAAAGUUACGACAAGCCAACAUUCCUGCAGAAGAAUACAUUGGGUUUUGCAGUUUGCGGAAUUGGGGUCGGAUCAAGACAACGACAGCAACGCCCCUAUCGAGCGGAAUCAAGGAAGAGAGCACCCCCAUUGUAGACUCUAGUACGACGAACGUUGGCAGAUUGGAAAACAACAGUGUUGAGUUUAAUGAUGCUCGCAUGGAUUAUGUCACAGAACAGGUGUACAUCCAUUCAAAGUUGAUGAUCGUCGACGAUAAGACGGUCAUUUGCGGUUCAGAUUCCCGUAUGAACGGAUUACCGUAUAAAGCGUCAAGAUUUGCGUUGACGUUAAGGAUGCAGCUCUUUAAGGAGCAUCUGGGGCUUCUGAAUUCGGGCGAGGAUAAAGAACGCCAGGACGCUAUAGUGAUGGAUCCAUUACACGACGAGUUUUAUUAUGGAGUAUGGACCAAAACCGCCAAAGAUAAUACCGAGAUAUACCGUACUCUAUUUAAAUGCGUGCCUGACGAUACCGGUAAGGAAUUGGAUGGGAUGAUCACUUUAUAA